AUGAGUGGUAAAAAUAGUUAAUAAUAAGGAAAUGUCGAGGAAAAAGAUGGAGAUAAAGUCGUAAUAGAGUAACUUAAUGAAUGCUUAGUAGAAUUAGUACUUAAUAGAGUAGAAAAAAUGAAUGCACUAGAUUUACAUGUUUUAGAAAUAUUAGUAGGAGCAAUAAAAACUAUCAACUUCUAAGCUCUGGUUAUCAGUGGAAGAGGCGAUAGAGCCUUUAGUGCAGGAGGUGAUAUUAUAACAAUUUACUAAAAUCUCUAAAAGUAAAAUGGAAAAUAUUUAGAAGAUUACUUGAAAGCACGUUAUACUCUAGAAUAUGAAUUAGAAAAGCUUUCUUUAAUUGAAGAUAGAAAUUCAAUUAUCAUUUUUAAUGGUAUGUGCGUAGGAGGAGGAUAUUCUUUAGCACUAUAUUCAAAUUACAGAAUUUGUACAGAAACAACUUAAAUUAAUUUUCCAGAGAGUUAAAAUGGUACAGCAAUACCUUGCAUAAAGUUUUUAGCAUCAUUAGAAAAAUAAUAUAUCAUAAGAUAUAUGAUUUUAACAGGAUCUAGUUUAAAAGGAUAAGAGUUAGUUUAUGCUGGAUUAGCUGAUUAUAUAAUUCCUUCUAAUAAAAUAAAAAUGUUUAAAAGUUCUUUAAAAAACUUAACAAAUAUUUCUAAACUUAAUGAGCACAUUCUAAAAUACACAGCUAAAUUAAAAAAUGCUUCUUAAAUUGUACUUCAUGAAAACCUCAUUUAAAAAUAUUUUUCAGGAGACAAUUUACUUGAAAUUUUGAAAAAGCUAGAGCAAGGCCUAAAUGAAUGGGCGGAUGAAGAUAGAUUAUUUUGUAAAAGGUGUUUAACAAAAAUACAAAGAGCUUCUCCUCUUGCAAUAAGAGUUAAUUUUGAAAUGAUUUUAAAAGCAGCAGAACUUUCAGAACAACAAGCAUAUAAUUUAAAUCAUAGAGUUUAAUAUAGAUUAUUUAAUCACAAGGAUUUUUAAGAAGCAGUUUAUGUUAAAUUUGAAUAAAAUAAAAGGAAUAUACCUAUUAAGUGGUAACAUAAAAACGUUUUAGAAGUUACUUAGCAACAAGUAGAUACAAUUUUAUCACCCCUAAAUGUACCCUAACUUCUUCUUAAAUGA